AUGUUCUCUGGUGCCCAGUUUGCGUUAGAGCAGGCGCACAUUCCAUGCAUUAUCGGCCUUGGCAAAUUCCAUGCCGAAUAUGUUUUCCCAACGUUUGAACCAAGUGUCAAAGGCAACGCCUCCACCUCCUGCCAAGGUGCCCAAGGAGGAGAAGAAGAAGGAGGAACCAGGACAGAAAGCGCCAACAACGUCCGUGCCCCGUUAAACAUCUGGUCAGUUAACUCACAGCGGCGCGCGCAAAAGGCAUGGUGCACCAACAAAGCCCCCAUCCUCUUCUCCCACGAUUGCCGCCGACUCCUUAACAUCAUCAGCCAGUCAUUCCCAACCCGUGGCGGUGCGCCACUCGAGGCUCCAACCCGCGGCCUAGCAUGGCGUCUUUCCUCAUCUUCUUCCUCGUCCUCGUCCUCCGCCUCCCCGCUACCCACAACCCAGUCUCCAAACACUGGAGUGUCUUGGGACUCGUCAGGCUCACACGUCGUUGCCAGUGGACACGUUGAAACUCCUUCUCUUCCGAAAUAUGCUUUGCCUCCAGGUUACGCAACUCUCCCUAGGGCCCGUUAUGGUGGACGGCACACGGUGGCAAUGCUUCUUGGCGAUGGCAUCAGUCCAGAAAUGAUGGGUCAUGUAAAAACGGUCUUGCAUGCUCUUGCAGCACCGAUUGAUUUUGACGAGAUCGAGAUUAACAGUUCUUCUGAUCAGUCCGUACUUAAAGAUGCGAUCCUGGCCAUCCAGCGCAACGGUGUUGCUCUGAAGGGCAGUCUGGAUACUCUACCCGGAAUGAAAUCUAAGAACUUGGCAAUCCGAAACCAGUUGGGUCUCUUUGCCUAUGUGCAACACUGUUAUACCUUUCCGGGCGUAAAAACAAGACACUCCAACGUGGAUAUCAUGGUGAUAAGAGAGAACACAGAGGGCGAAUACAGUCAGGUUACGUUUUUGUCCUCACCAAUUUUUUUCUCUCUUUUGCUCAUUUCUCCCCCUUUCCUCAACUCAUUUACCGUCGCCUUUGCUAACUCGUAUCCCUUUCAGUUGGAGCAUGAAAGCGUUCCGGGCGUUGUGGAGUCUUUGAAGAUAAUUACGAGGGAAAGGAGUGAGAGGAUCGCCAAGUUUGCUUUUGACUAUGCUACCAAACAUGGUCGUAAAAAGGUGACCGCCGUUCACAAGGCCAACAUCAUGAAGCUCGGUGAUGGCCUCUUUCUAAAUGCUUGCGCCGAAGUCUCAAAGCUUUAUCCAAAUAUUGAAUUCAACUCCAUCAUAAUCGACAAUUGCUGCAUGCAGCUGGUUUCUCGUCCACAACAAUUCGACGUUCUCGUGCUGCCCAACCUUUACGGUAACAUUGUGGGCAACCUGGCCGUUGGCCUUGUGGGUGGAGCGGGAAUUGCGGCUGGAAUGAACCUUGGUGAUAGGUACGCCAUCUUCGAGGCGGGUACGCGCAAGUCAGCCCGCUCUCUUCGUGGCCAGAGUGUCGCCAAUCCAGUCGCAAUGUUGCUUGCCAGCGCUGACAUGCUCGAACACCUGGGUAAUUUCCGUUCGCGCCUGCCUUUUUCCAAUUGUCAGGUCUAA